AUGUUGCUAGGGCAUUUUCGGCUCAAUGUUACUGUCCCUGGCCUUGACCCUGUCGCAACGCAUCAACAACAACUGUCCGUCAUUGGAUCUGAUGAUGCUCAUAUCAAUUUCCACAUUUCUUUACCUCCAUCAGAGCAUACUGGGAUAAAAGCUAUGUCUCCGUAUGGCAGUUUUGUUUCUGACAGUCACAUGUCCAAGUACAAUAUGCUUUGGGGCUCUAGGUGCAACUUCGAACUCUUUCUGGCACAAGAACAAUCUUUGCACUCUGUUGAGUUCCUGAAGUCACAAACAAUCACGGGAUUAUCUGGGAAAUAUCUGGCGUGUGAAAGUUACUUACCAUAUUGCAUUGCCCCUCCCCAGUGUCCCCACCUUAUUCAGUCCAGUUCACUUCCAGAUGGCGCUUUGGUUACUGUACCGUUGAACAUGUCACUGCUUGCCCUGAAUGUCAUCACACUUGAACACAACACUCUGGAACCCAUCCCUCUGGAGACUGGAACUCAAACCUGCUGUGUGGAACUCAACUCCCUUUCCGAGAACAACCCUGCCCCGCACUUGAACUCAACAUUUUGA